UCUAAAUUCAGCACAUAUGCCAGAGGAACGCGAGCCAAAGAAGUUGUUACAGCUACAGUUGCUGGGAAUCCAUGAAUCAAAGACUUGCUCAGCUAGUUCUGUAUGUGAAAGGAAAUGGGUGUGACACUGAAGAAGCCUUUUUAAUUCUGAUUCAGGAGAUACAUAAUUAGAUGCUACUUGAUUUUGUUCCACAGAUUUUUGGCUGAGAAGGACUUGAGAGCUAAGGUUCUGUGAUCCAGAACUGGUUCCAGACUUACUCUUCUGGAAAUGAAGAGGGCCCUCCCUGUGCUUAUUUUUCCAGGAUUGGAAAUUGAAUCAGGGACCCGUUGUUGAGAAGAGAACAGUGAGCAGAAUCACAUUGACCUGGUCCUGGAAUUUGUCUGACAAUUUCUGCUUGACUGCAGGAGGUCUGAAGACUGGAAGGGGCCCCACUCAAUUGUGCUAUUUCUCUCUCUCUCUUUUUUUUUUCUUUUGAGACGGAGUCGCCCAGGCUGGAGGGCAGUGGUGCGAUCUCAGCUAACUGCAACCUCUGCCUCCUGGGUUCAAGCAGUUCUCUGCCUCAGCCUCCCAAGUAACUGGUAUUACAGGUGCCUGCCACCACUCCUGGCUAAUUUUUGCAUUUUUAGUAGAGACGGGAUUUCACCAUCUUGGCCAGGCUGAUCUUGAACUCCUGACCUUGUGAUCCACCAGCUUCAGCCUCCUAAAGUGCUGGGAUUACAGACGUGAGCCACGGCGCCCGGCCAAUUGUGCUAUUUCUCUACAGGACAAAAGGAUAUAUAAUUUGCAACAUGCCCUCCAUGUUUGAACGCAUUAGCAAAAAUUUGAUCAAAGAGAUUGGAAGCAAAGACCUGACACCUGUCAAAUACCUACUGAGUGCCACCAAAUUACGUCAGUUUGUUAUAUUACGAAAGAAGGAUUCUCGUUCAUCUAUUUGGGGACAAUCUGACUAUGUUCCAGUUGGAUUCUCCCUCAAUGAUAUCCUGGAGCCAAGUUCUUCAGUCCCAGAAACUGUUGUGACAGGACCGUUCCACUUCAGUGACGUUGUGAUCCAGAAGCAUAAGGCUGAUGUGAGUGUGAAUGUUGGUGUAGAAGUGAGUGUGUCAGGGGAGGCCUCUGUGGACCAUGGAUGCUCCCUUGAGUUUCAAAUUGUUACCAUCCCAUCUCCAAACCUGGAAGACUUUCAAAAAAGGAAACUGUUGGAUCCAGAGCCAUCAUUUCUGAAGGAGUGCCGGAGGAGAGGGGACAACCUGUACGUGGUGACAGAAGCUGUUGAACUGAUCAACAAUACUGUGCUGUACAAUAGCAGUGGUGUGAAUAUUUUAGGGAAAAUUUCUCUUUGGAUUACCUAUGGCAAGGGUCAAGGCCAAGGAGAGAGUCUCAGAGUGAAGAAGAAGGCGCUGACUCUGCAGAAGGGCAUGGUGAUGGCUUAUAAGAGAAAACAGCUGGUUAUCAAGGAGAAAGCCAUUCUCAUCUCAGAUGAUGAUGAACAGAGAACCUUUCAAGAUGAGUACAAAAUUUCCCAGAGGCUAGUCUCCUGUGCUGCGAGGAGUGAGGAGUGGCUACCAUCAUUUCAUACUAUCUCUCCAACCCUCUUCAAUGCCUCACCCAAAGAUAUGAAGUUAAAACCAGAGCUAUUUCUGAGACCGAAAUUUUUGAGAGGGCAUUUGCCAAGUGAGUGGAAUCUGGCCCUCCCCUCCCAGGACAAUCUGCACAACAAAAACUCACCUGAUUGCCUUUGGUGCUAUUACCCAAGGUCUUGGAGUCUGGCCCCUUGGGAAAAGGGCUGGAACAGAUAGAGAAGAGGGGUUCAGGGAAAGAAAGGCAGAAGGCUGGAGAAAUCCAGUCUUUGAGACUCUUUGGUGAGGAAUUUCAUUUCUCUUUUUAGAAUAUGAACAAAUUUGCAUUCUCCCAGUAGGUGAGUGUGAGUUUGCUGGAGGUGGUGGUGGGGAUCCCAUCCUGCACACAUGGGGUAAGUAGGGCAGAUUGCUCCUGCCUUGCCUUUGCCACCACUGCCCUAGGGACUGGCCCUUGGUCAUAUGGAAUGGAAAGGGUCCAGAAAGGCUGAGAACAUGGAGGGAUGAAUGGUGAUGGGGGCAGGAAGAAGUUAAGUGAGAGGGAGGAGGUGGUAGGAGAGCAGAACCCUCCAAAACAUCUCAAAAGCAAAUUUGGGGGGAAUGAGGAAGUGAGAUGAUGACUUGAUUCUCCUUCUAGGAAGAAUAGAGGAACCCUUCUGGCAAAGUAAGUAUUUAUUAAGGGGAAACCUGGGGCUUCUAGGUGUGAGCUGCAAAUCUGAGCACCUAAAUUGGUGGUUUCCAUGCAAGUCAGAAAUCUAGAUCCACUUCCAAAUUUACACUUUGCUCAUGAAACAAACACAUGUUUAUUGAGGACUUAUUGGACAACAAGCAUUAUUCUGAACUUGAAAGUUAUGGCUGUGAACCAAACAGACAUAAAUUCUUGUCUCUUUGGAGCUUCCAAUCCAGUGAUCUGUCAUCCCAAGCAGAUCACCCUGAGGGCGCCUGAUGCCUCCUGGGAGAAACAGAGGGCCCCCAACAUCCACCCCAUGGUUAAUUCUUCAUAGACUUUGAGGAUACUGGCAAAGUUGCCUGAUAAUAAGGGCAGCUUAUAUGUGCCAAGUGCCUUACAUACAUAAACUCUGUCUCUUUCUUGCUUUUUGAGAUGGGGUCUCACUAUGUUGGCCAGGCUGGUCUUGAACUCCUGGCCUCAAGCAAUCCCCCCAUCUCAGCCUCCCAAAGAGCUGGAAUUACAGGUGUGAGCAACCAUGCUUGGCCUACAUAAACUCUUUUAAUCCUCAUAGCAUCCCAUUUAACCAAUAUGGAAACUGAUUCCAGAGCACCUAAGAUUUUCGCCUCUAAAGCCCAGUGCUAGAUUUUACAGUAUUCCUGACAUGUCCUAGAAAUGACCACUUUGUCAUUAUCUUCCAUUAGUGAUGAUGUCUUUUCAAAAUCUCAAUCUCUGCUCCCAGUAUCCUAUUUCCUCUUUUCAGAAUGCUGGAUUGUCCAUCUUUUUAGCUUCUAUGACAGCUCUAUCCACAGAGCUCAAGUGUGCCAUUAGCAGAGACAAUUUUGGUUAGUAGCUGAAAGGGAUAGAAGAGUUUGGCUCAUAUUCAUGCAAACAGGCUAUCAUUUCAAGGAUGUUCUAAUCAAAUACUUGCCCCACUUUCUGGUUGGCAUUGAUGCCUGAGAGCAGAUUUCAGGCAUCUACAAGAGGAGGUUUUCCAGAAAAUAAAGACACUGGCUCAGCUCUCAAAGGACGUUCAGGAUGUCGUGUUCUAUAGUAUCCUGGCCAUGCUCGGAGACAGAGGGGCUCUACAGGACCUGAUGGACAUGCUGGAAUUGGACAGCUCAGGUCAUUUGGAUGGCCCUGGUGGUGCCAUCCUAAAGAAACUUCAACAGGAUUCAAACCAUGCAUGGUUUAACCCAAAGGACCCCAUUCUUUAUCUCCUUGAAGCCAUAAUGGUGCUGAGUGACAUCCAACACGAUUUGCUGGCCUGUUCUGUGGAGAUGAGGAUCCUGCUUCAGCAACAGGAACUGGUAAGGAGCAUCCUGGAGCCGAACUUCAGAUACCCCUGGAGCAUUCCCUUCACCCUCAAACCCGAGCUCCUUGCCCCACUCCAGAGUGAGGGUUUGGCCAUCACCUAUGGCCUGCUGGAGGAGUGUGGCCUGAGGAUGGAGCUGGAUAACCCCAGGUCAACCUGGGAUCUAGAAGCAAAGAUGCCCCUGUCUGCCCUCUAUGGGACUCUCUCAUUGCUGCAGCAGCUGGCUGAGGCCUAAGCCCUCCCUGAUGGGCAGUCAGUCCAGAGAUACUGGCCCUUGCCCAGUCUAUGCUGUGAGUGUCCUUAUGGGUGCAAGAGAGAGGGCUGUGCCUCUCUGCAUUUCCAGGUGGAGUAGAGACAGCAGUGGGUAGAGGCUUUAGGAAAUGUUUUGGGGUGGCGGAAUACUCUAUAUAUUGACAGGAGUUUAUAUAUUUGUCAAAACUCCUCAAAUAGUAUGUUAAAGACGUAAGCAUUUCACUAUGUAUAAAUUUUACUUAAAAGUAAUAAAAACAAAUCCUGACUCUA